CUUCCCCCUACCUUUCCCCUUCCUCCUCCCCACGCUCUUCUCCUGAUCUUCAACCCCACGCCCAAGCUCCAACCCAACCCUAGAGCAGCACCCCAGAGCCGCCGCCGCGCCGCAGCUCGUAGCCAGCGCCGACGCCUCGCGCCCGCCUCGUUGCGGCGUUCUCCGCCGUCUCCGCUCCGUGGACUGCGAUUCAUAAAGGAUUAGAAAAUUCUGGUGGCGUUCGUGGGAUGAGCGAAGAUGGCGACGCAUAAGGAGAUGCUGCAGAGUGCCGCGGAGACCGCCAUACGGUCCAUCGGUCUCGGCUACGACGUCGUCUCCGAUCUACGCCUCAAGUUCUGCAAGCAGCGUGGUUCGCCUGACCCGUCGCUCAUUGAGCUCGAUCAUGAUGGGGCUCAGGACAUCGUGCUGCCAGGUAACCUGACGGUUGCCGGCGUGCCCAGGUCGAUCAAGUGCGACAAAGGGGAGCGGAUGCGGUUCCGGUCUGAUGUCCUGUCAUUUCAGCAGAUGUCAGAGCAAUUCAACCAGGAGUUAUCCUUGUCCGGAAAAAUCCCAUCUGGCUUGUUCAAUAAUAUGUUUGAAUUUACUGGCUGCUGGCAGAAAGAUGCUGCUAGUACGAAGUCACUUGCUUUUGAUGGCUGGUGUAUCACACUGUAUACUGUUGCACUCUCAAAGGCACAGAUUGUACUCCGAGAUCAUGUUAAGCAAGCUGUUCCAUCAACCUGGGAACCAGCUGCUUUGGCAAGGUUCAUUAAAAAAUUUGGGACUCAUAUAGUUGUUGGUGUAAAAAUGGGAGGGAAGGAUGUGAUUUAUUUGAAACAACAGCAUUCGUCAAGCUUGCAAGCUGUUGAUGUUCAAAAACGAUUGAAGGAGAUGUCUGAUAGGAGAUUUCUUGAUGCAAAUGGGCAAUCUGACAUUAGUUUCAGGGAUGCAUAUGGGAAGGAUAAGAGUGACAGAAGAGAACACCGACUGAGAUUUGUGGAGUCCAGUCCACUGAACUCUUACACUACAACAGAGGAUUUGGUGAUGAUGCCUAAACGAAGAGGUGGAAGGGAUAAAGAUAUUAUGUCUCAUAUCGAGUGGCUGAAUACUGUUCAAGCAGAGCCUGAUGUUAUCUCAAUGUCCUUUAUACCUAUUACAUCACUGUUGAAUGGAGUUCCUGGUAGUGGAUUUCUGAAUCACGCAAUUAAUCUGUACCUUCGUUAUAAGCCCCCCAUCGAGGAAUUACACCAGUUUUUGGAGUUCCAGCUACCAAGGCAAUGGGCACCAGUUUAUAGUGACCUCCCUCUGGGUCCUCAGAGCAAAAGGCGAAGCAGUGCAUCUUUACCAGUAAAUUUUAUUGGUCCGAAGCUUUAUGUUUGUACCAACAUGGUUGAUGUGGGCAAAAGACCUAUCACGGGGCUCCGGUUGUUUCUAGAAGGAAAGAAGAGCAACAAAUUAGCAAUACAUCUCCAGCAUCUCUGCUCUCUUCCUCAGAUCAUUCAGCUUGAAGAUGACCCUUACAAUCACCAAAGUCCAGAAGCAUAUGACCGCAAAUACUUGGAACCAAUUGGUUCCUGGAAGCGCUUCUCCCAUGUCUGCACAGCACCAGUGGAAUCAGAAGAUUCUUCCAUUGUCACAGGAGCACAGUUAGAAGUGAUCAACCAAGGCUUCAAGAAAAUACUGUUCCUUCGACUGCAUUUCUCAAAAGUCUUGAACGCCUCAACGGUCAGGCAACCUGAGUGGGAGGGAUCUCCAAACCUGAUCCAGAAAUCAGGCCUCAUCUCAACGCUCAUCAGCACACACUUCUCCACAGCAGCUCAGAAACCGAUGCCGCGCCCCACGGACGUGAACAUCAACUCGGCGGUGUACCCUGGCGGGCCGCCUGCUCCAGUGCAGGCUCCGAAGCUGCUCAAGUUUGUGGACAUGACGGAGAUGAUGCGCGGGCCACAGGACUUUCCGGGCUACUGGGUGGUGUCGGGCGCGAAGCUCAAUCUCGAGAGGGGCAAGAUAUCUCUGCGGGUGCGCUACUCGCUCCUGACCGCUAUGCUGCCUGACGACGAGUAUGCGCUCGACGAAGAACUUUAGAAACCCCGGAAUCAAGCGAGAACUGAAGCAAAAGGUCAUCAUCCCCUUAUUUUUACGUGCAGCUAACCGUGAGGACACAGAUGGAUGAAAAGAUUUAGAAAGCUUCAUGGCAUCUGUGCACUCGUUGUUAGCUUGUGUUGUAUACACAUUUGUGGCUUAUCUGUUUAUUAAAGAAUCCAGGCAUGGAUGCAAGGAAUGAGUGCUACUCAAUCCUGAGUAGAAUGAGAAGAGGAGAAAAUUGUUGUUGUGGUGGCGUGUGGACUUGCGUUGACUAGGGUUAAUUAGAUGAUAGAUCAAAUUAUUUGUAUAUACACAAAUGGAACAAGAGAACUGUUUUUGGCUGUGUGGUACGCGCGUUCGGGGCUAACAUAUCUCGACGUAUUGCUGGUUUACAUUUCA